UCCAGUCCCGGUGCUGCAAACAUCGAGGUGACGCAAAGAAAUGAGGGCUUCAGUUGUUUGUAUGAAUGUGAUUGUUUUUCUGGUCUUGGCCGGAUGGUCAGCGGCAUCCCAGGCGGCUGGACGCAACAGCACAGUUGUGAAGAAUGGUCACUGCCCACGGCGCUUGACCGUUGUGCCAUCCAAACGCGCCUGCACCUGUGACACCGACUGUCCAGGCAAUGACAAGUGCUGCGUCUUUGACUGCGGGGCCGUGUGUGUGCCGCCUGCUUUCACAAAGCCGGGCGUUUGUCCCCAGAGAAAGAGGGGCUUAGGACUGUGUGCGGAGUUCUGCGCCAAUGACAGCGACUGCCCCGAAGACGAGAAGUGCUGCUUCAACGGGUGUGGACACCAAUGCACUGCACCGUAUACAGUGAAGCCAGGCCGCUGCACUCGUCCCAAGGGCACGCCGAUGUGCGCCGAGUUCUGCUACCAUGACGGCCAGUGUCCCGGGGAGCAGAAAUGCUGCCGGACAACCUGCGGACACGCCUGCAGUGAGCCGUGCUGAUUGGGCGCAUGGCUGGAGUUGAGGAGGAAUCCCUCAAGGUCACACUCUCUAUUCCCUCAGCCGAACCCUUGAUUUUUAUUAGCAAAAACUAAACUUUCUCAUAUUAAAUGUUUUUUAAUUAGUACAAUAAUAAUAAUGAUGAUGAUGAUGAUGAUCAUAAACUUUUGUACUGUUUUUCAAAAACAGAAACAUUUAGUACUAACCCUUUGCAUAUGGAUAUAUACUUCUAAAUGACAUUUUUGGGAACUUUUAAUUUUAACAGAACAUCCUCUUUGAUUUUUUUCCCCCAUUUUUGCUAACCUUAGCAGACAAAUGCUGAAUGUGUGUGCACUGAUUUGGUGUAGCUUUGUGCAGUCUUGGUGAAAAGACAUGAAACAAUAUAUUUUCUCUAUGGUGCUUUCGAACUUGGACU